AUGCUGCUGGGAAUAGGGCGCUUUGUGUUCCUGUCGCUGACGGACGUGGCGACGCUGCCGGCGCUGGUCGUAAUGAAGCGCAAUCGUCGACAUUUUGAGAUGUUCGUGGGCGUCUCACAGCUCUUGAUCUCCUUUUUCUUCAAUACUGCGGAGGCGUUUGACACGCAGCUGUUCCUCGGAGAAGACGAUUGGCAUUUUCUAUCGGACGUUGUGUCCGUCACCUAUUUUCUGCUGCUCUGCGUACACCUGAUGGGGUACAAGGAUGAGAACCGGAACAUCGUUCUGCGCUACGUGGCAUUUGCUGGCUCGUUGCUCUUCAAUACCAAGGACCGAUGGGACUCGACGUUCUACGAAGAGAUGCUCGUGGUCUGCUACCUGCUGGGAGUUGUCUACCGUCGAGUGUUUACCGUGAGCAAUGACAUUUCCCCCCUGAACAGGAAACAUGUUGUUUACGCGUUGUGUAGCCUUGCGGCAGCAGCGGUUGCAGCGAUUGGUUCUCUCGACCUUGAAGACAAAGAGAGUCACGUGGCGUUGGGGGUCACCAAGGGCCUAAUGCACGUGCUGGAUUGUAAGAAGUAA